CCCGGCGGGCAGGCCCACGGCGAGGUGGAUCACACGCGGGUGCAGUGCCGGGCGCUGGACGGCAUCGAGUGCGCCGAGCCGCGGAGCUUCCUGCGGGGCAGCCGGCCCUGCGUCAAGUACACGGGACACUACUUCAUCACCACUCUGCUCUACUCCUUCUUCCUGGGCUGCUUCGGCGUGGAUCGGUUCUGCCUGGGCCACACCGGCACGGCCGUGGGGAAGCUGCUGACCCUGGGGGGCCUGGGCAUCUGGUGGUUCGUGGAUCUGAUCCUGCUGAUCACCGGCGGGCUGAUGCCCAGUGACGGCAGCAACUGGUGCACCGUGUACUGAGGAGGGGCAGGGCUGCAGCCCCUGGCUGCCUCUGCUCUGCCUGGCACAGCCUGGACUUACAGAACUGUAACUCAGGGCGCACAGCAGGUACUCUUGAUAAUGACUCUCUACCAACCUUGGACACAAAGGUGUUAAGUAUAUAUUUUGCUUGUUUAAAAUAAUCUGGCUUCCGGCUGCAAAUAGUGACAGCUUAAGAAAUCAGAGCUUGCAAACACAGAGGGUCAAACCAACAUUAAUAAAAUCUGUAAGAAGCUGACUCCAUCUACUUUGAGGA